UCUUCCUGAAAUGGGCCGGGUCCUUGGAGUUGGACUCUCAGCUGGUGGGUGCAGCCGGAAGAUUAAUCACGUUAUUGGAGGCUAUUGCUUUCGAGAAUGUUGAUGAUUCUUCUCACUGGUCAGAAACAGAUGAUGAGCAGGAGAUGAUUGUUUGGUUUUGUAAGCAAGUUAUUCUAAAAUGAAACGACAGACUUUUCCCUUUUUUCUCUGACAAGACUUUUGAGGUCUGCAAAUAAGUGACGUUGUUGUUGAUGAGAUUUGGACCAUGGUGAACAACGUUUGACUCUUCCAACAGCGUGUUCCAGGUUAACUUUUGCAGUACAGAUCGUUGGAAGCAGCGCAAUUCCCUACAACUUUUUGUUUGUGCAGAGAAUGCCGGUCGAGUUUGCUUUGAACCAGUUGUGCAGUUUCAAGAGGGUUUGUGUUGGAGUUUUGUGAACUAACGCUUAUAUGAGGGUUAAGCUUUCUUUCGGAUGUCGUUUAGUUGCUACAGAUAUUGCGACUGGUUGGGUUUUUAAUUACAGGAAGCUUGAACAUGGCGUUAGGUGGCCGGGUUAUUUGAACUGAAGUAGAUUUACUUUCGAAGUGUUUGAGCGGAACAUUUGAGAGCCGGAGAUAUUGUGGAAGUAAGCUUUUUUUCUUUUUUUUAUUUUUUAUUUUUAUUUUUUUAUCGGCAAGAUGGGUAGCGCUUGUACAGGCUUUACUUUGACAGAUUUAAGACUAUCAAUUCUUACCAAGAAGUAUGAGUACUGGGGGCUGAGGUCGGAGUUCAUUCAGUUAGACAAUGGUGCCACAAAAAUGCACUGCUGGACACCAAUGCCAAUGUCAGAAGCCGGAGUGUGGUCUAUUCCAAAUUCAAAGCCACAUCUCGUGCUCCUUCAAGGUUUUGCACCAAAUGGUAUGCUAUUCUGGGAGAAUCAGGUCCCAAAGUUGUCAAAGGAUUUCAAUGUGUUCGUGCCGGAUCUUGUGUUUCUCGGGCGCUCUGUGACAUCAUGCAAGGAAAGAUGGACGGAGUCAUUUCAAGCGGAGUGCAUCAUGAAGAUGUUGCAGUUUCUAGGGUUACAGGAAGAUGUAAACUUUGUUGGAUCAGGCUAUGGCGGUUUAGUGGCGUUCCGAAUUGCACAAUUUUAUCCCAAGUUCGUGAACAAAGUAGUAUUCACGAAUACUGGAAUAUGUAUGGCACCAAAUGAUUACGACGCGUUGUUAGUGAGGCACAGAUUGCAGCACAUCUCUCAUUUGUUUAUCCCGGAGUCUGUUGAGGAGUUCAAGUUUGCCAUGGCAAGUGCACCACAUUGGAAGCCUUGGCUGCCGAAAUUUGUCUACGAGGACAUGUUUGAAGUGCUAUACAAGGACCACCAACAAGAAAGACGACAACUAUUGGACGAUCUCACCAUCGAAACUGGAAAAGAUCUUCCCAGAUUGGCACAUGAUAAGAAGUUUUUGAUUCUCUGGGGAGAGCAUGAUGAGGUCUUCAAACCCGAAUUGGCAAACAAGCUUCAAAGGCACUUGGGGAAGCGUGCCAAGGUUAUAGUGAUGAACAAGUGCGGCCAUUCUCCACAGAUCCAGAGGCCGACGGAGUUCAACCGCAAGGUGAGGGACUUCCUCCUGGACAAGCAUGACUCUCACACAAACAGAUCACAGGUCAAACCCACCGCAUAACCCAUGCUUUAGGGUUAGGGUUUUAGGGACCCCUGGCUAACGGUUCAGGGUUUUCUAAUAUUUGAAUAUAUUGGGGGAAGUUUUUUCUAUUGUUUUUUUUUUAAUAGGUUCAUUGGCUUGUUUUGUUUUCUGAAAGAAGUUAAUCACUAGUGUGAAGAGGUGAAGUAGGAUUAAAAUUUGUAUAGCGAAUACAGUAUCUAAGGUGAAGUUGAGUUGAUAUAAUGUGUUAAGUUUUUAUUAUUAGUUGGACUGUUGGGGUGUGUAGAGUAGAAGAGGGUUACAUGAUAAUACACUUGUAUAUGAUUUAUGGGCCCAGUUUCUAAAAGAAGCUCUCACCCUUUGUAUCUUAAAAACAAUUCAACGUUGAAUCCUUUGAGUUUAAUAUAUCAACGUUUCCUGAGUUGCAA